AUGUCUGGAUUUAUGAAGUCGUUUGAGGGCUUUGCGACCGAUGCGGUCCAUGCCGGUCAGGAGCCCGAGAACUUUAAGCACUGGCCUUGCGUGCCCCCGAUCAGCCUUGCUACCACCUUCAAGCAGCCUACGCCCGGCGUGACGCAAGGCUACGAGUACUCGCGUGGUGGCAACCCGACCCGUGCCGCUCUCGAGACCGCGUUUGCCUCCAUCUGCGGUGGCAAGAAGGCUUUUGUGUGGGCCUCGGGCUUGGCUGGUACCCAGGCCGUCCUGCAGCUGCUCAAGGCCGGUGACCACGUCCUUGCCUGCGACGAUCUCUAUGGCGGCACCAACCGCAUGCUGCGCCGCAUUGCCGCGCCCCUGGGUCUCGAGUUUGACUUUUACCCCACCUCCGACCCCGAGGCGUUUGCUGCGCAGAUCAAGCCCAACACCAAGCUUGUCUGGAUCGAGUCCCCCACCAACCCCCUGCUCCAGGUGACCGACAUUCGCGCCGUCGCCAAGCUGGUCAAGGCCAAGGGCUGCACCCUGGUCGUGGACAACACCUUCAUGUCCGCCUACUUCCAGCGCCCCCUCGAGCUGGGCGCGGACAUUGAGUUUGCUUCGGUCACCAAGUACUACAACGGCCACUCGGACGUUGUCAUGGGCCUGACCGUGACCAAGGAUGAGGCCCUGGCCGAGCGCCUCCAAUUCAUCCAGUUUGCUGCCGGCGCCGUCCCCAGCCCCUUUGACUGCUACCUCGUCAACCGUGGCCUCAAGACCCUCCACCUGCGCAUGGAGGCCCAUGCCAAGAACGCCAUGGCCGUGGCCCGCUACCUCGAGGCCCACCCCAAGGUGACCCAGGUCAUGUACCCGGGCCUCCCCAGCCACCCCAACCACGAGGUGGCCAAGAGCCAGGCCACUGGCUUCAGCGGCAUGGUCGCCUUCCGCAUCCGCGGUGACCUCAAGGCCUCGGAAACCUUCCUCAAGACGGUCAAGGUCUUCACCCUGGCCGAGAGCCUGGGUGCCGUCGAGUCGCUGGCCGAGCUGCCCGCCAUCAUGACCCACGCCUCCGUCCCUGCGGAGCAGCGUGCCGAGCUUGGCAUUAGCGACUCCCUCAUCCGCCUCAGCGUUGUGCAGAGAUCGGUGAUGCAAUGCUGCGCUUUGUUUUUGAUCGCGCGGCUUGUUGCGGAUGUUUACAUGUGUGGCAGCAGCUCGCGCUUCCGUUUUGAUGCUGCUUGA